UGAGUAGCGGCGUCGGGGUCGGGCAGUCACGGGAGAAAACUGUGCUAGCCACUCUGAGCCCUCAAGAUGAAGACUCGCUUUAGCACUAUUGACCUCCGGGCAGUACUCGCAGAGCUGAAUGCCAGCUUACUAGGAAUGAGAGUAAACAAUGUUUAUGAUGUGGAUAAUAAGACAUACCUUAUUCGUCUUCAUAAACCAGACUUUAAAGCUACACUUUUACUUGAAUCUGGCAUACGAAUUCAUACAACAGAAUUUGAGUGGCCCAAGAAUUUGAUGCCAUCUAGUUUUGCCAUGAAGUGCCGAAAACAUUUGAAGAGUCGGAGAUUAGUCAGUGCAAAACAGCUUGGUGUCGAUAGAAUUGUAGAUUUUCAAUUUGGAAGUGAUGAAGCUGCUUAUCACUUAAUCAUUGAACUCUAUGACAGGGGGAACAUUGUUCUUACAGAUUAUGAGUACCUAAUUUUAAAUAUCCUAAGAUUUCGAACUGAUGAGGCAGAUGAUGUUAAAUUUGCUGUUCGAGAACGCUAUCCAGUUGAUCAUGCUAAAGCUGCUGAACCUUUGCUUACCUUAGAAAGACUGACUGAAAGAAUAUCCAGUGCACCUAAGGGUGAGCUGCUGAAGAGAGUUCUUAACCCAUUACUUUCCUAUGGACCAGCUCUCAUUGAACACUGUCUUAUAGAAAAUGGAUUGUCUGGCAAUGUCAAAGUGGAUGAAAAAUUUGAAACUAAAGACAUUAAGAAAGUACUUGUUUGUCUCCAGAAAGCAGAAGACUAUAUGAAAACAACAUCCAAUUUCAGUGGAAAGGGAUAUAUCAUUCAGAAGAGAGAAAUAAAACCAAGCCUGGAGGUUGAUAAACCAACUGAAGACAUACUCACGUAUGAGGAAUUUCAUCCUUUCUUGUUUUCACAACAUUCACAAUGUCCAUAUAUAGAAUUUGAAUCAUUUGACAAGGCUGUGGAUGAAUUUUAUUCCAAGAUAGAAGGUCAGAAAAUAGACUUAAAAGCUUUACAACAGGAAAAACAAGCAUUGAAGAAGUUAGAUAAUGUCCGAAAGGAUCAUGAAAACAGAUUAGAAGCUCUUCAGCAGGCUCAGGAAAUAGAUAAACUUAAAGGAGAGCUCAUAGAAAUUAACCUACAGAUAGUUGACAGAGCAAUUCAGGUAGUUCGAAGUGCUUUAGCCAACCAAAUAGAUUGGACAGAAAUUGGGUUAAUUGUGAAAGAAGCCCAAGCUCAAGGAGACCCCGUCGCAAAUGCAAUCAAAGAAUUAAAGCUACAAACAAAUCAUGUUACAAUGCUGCUAAGAAAUCCAUACUUGUUAUCAGAGGAGGAAGAUGAUGUUGAUGGUGGCAUCAGUGUUGAAAAAAAUAAAACUGAACCUCCAAAAGGAAAAAAGAAAAAGCAAAAGAACAAACAGUUGCAGAAACCUCAGAAAAAUAAGCCAUUACUUGUUGAUGUUGAUCUCAGCUUGUCAGCAUAUGCUAAUGCUAAAAAGUAUUAUGAUCACAAGAGAUAUGCUGCUAAGAAAACACAAAAGACUGUUGAAGCUGCCGAGAAGGCAUUCAAAUCAGCAGAAAAGAAAACAAAGCAAACCCUAAAAGAAGUCCAAACGGUUACCUCUAUUCAGAAAGCAAGAAAAGUAUAUUGGUUUGAGAAAUUUCUGUGGUUCAUUAGCUCAGAGAAUUAUCUAAUUAUUGGUGGACGAGAUCAGCAACAGAAUGAAAUAAUUGUGAAAAGAUACUUGACACCAGGGGACAUUUAUGUACAUGCUGAUCUUCAUGGUGCAACUAGCUGUGUAAUUAAGAAUCCAACAGGAGAACCAAUCCCCCCUCGGACUUUGACUGAAGCUGGCACAAUGGCUCUUUGCUACAGUGCUGCUUGGGAUGCACGAGUUAUCACUAGUGCUUGGUGGGUGUACCAUCAUCAGGUAUCUAAAACAGCACCAACUGGAGAAUAUUUGACCACAGGAAGCUUCAUGAUAAGAGGAAAAAAGAAUUUCCUUCCUCCAUCAUACCUAAUGAUGGGAUUUAGCUUCCUUUUUAAGGUAGAUGAGUUUUGUGUUUGGAGACACCGAGGUGAACGAAAAGUCAGAGUGCAGGAUGAAGACAUGGAGACACUGGCGAGUUGCACAAGUGAACUCAUAUCAGAAGAAAUGGAACAACUAGAUGGAGGUGAUAGUAGCAGUGAGGAGGAUAAAGAGGAAUUACAUGAAACUCCUACAGAAGUGGCACUCAUGACUCAGGUUGACCAAGAGGAUAUUACUAUUCAGAGUGGUAGAAACGAACUAAAUGAGGAACUAAUUCAGGAAGAAAGCUCUGAAGAUGAAGGAGAAUCUGAAGAGGUGGUAAAAGAUCAGGAGCCUACUGGUGAAAUGAAGGAUGAAGGGGAAGAGACAUUACAUUAUCCUGAUACUACAAUUGACUUGUCCCACCUUCAAUCCCAAAGGUCUCUCCAGAAACUGGCUUCAAAAGAAGAAUCUAGUUUGAAUGACAGUAAAUUACAGAGCCGGAGACAUUUGUCAGCCAAGGAAAGAAGGGAAAUGAAGAAGAAAAAGCUUCCAAAUGACUUAGAAGAUUUAGAUAUGAUAGAGGGAAAGGACAAAGAAAAAGAAAGUGCUCUACACAUUGAGACUUCUCAGAACACAAGCAGAAAUGUUCCAAACGUGCAACCAGUGAAACGAGGACAAAAGAGUAAAAUGAAAAAAAUGAAGGAAAAAUACAAAGAUCAGGAUGAAGAAGAACGUGAACUUAUCAUGAAAUUGCUGGGUUCUGCAGGUUCAUCAAACAAAGAAGAAAAAGGGAAGAAAGGAAAGAAAGGAAAAACAAAAGAUGAACCUGUGAAGAAACAGCCCCAGAAACCUAAAGGGGAACCAAGGGUUUCUGAGAAUAUUAAGAAAGAAACUCCCUCCGUUGAGGUUAUAACUCAUGACUUGCAAGACUUGGGUGUAGAUGAGCCACAUGAUGACAAGGAAGAACAAGAUCUGGAUCAACAGGGAAAUGAGGAAAAUCUGUUUGAUUCUUUGACAGGGCAGCCACAUCCUGAAGAUGUACUACUGUUUGCCAUUCCAAUAUGUGCCCCUUACACCACCAUGACAAACUAUAAGUAUAAAGUGAAACUUACUCCUGGAGUUCAGAAAAAGGGAAAAGCUGCAAAAACAGCCUUGAACAGUUUCAUGCAUUCCAAAGAUGCAACAGCACGAGAAAAAGACUUAUUCCGCAGUGUAAAGGACACAGAUUUAUCAAGAAACAUUCCUGGCAAAGUGAAAGUGUCUGCACCCAAUCUUCUGAACGUAAAAAGGAAAUAGCUGAAAUGCAAUUGUAAAGUAUUUGAGAAGAGCCAAUUUUAUAGCUUUUGGGAAGUUAAAAAGGUGAAAAGACCAUGUGACAAGACUUCCAUAUUUCACUAAACAUUGCCUUGUUGUAUUUGCCAAAAGGACUUGUUUUUUCCAGUUUUAUAUAGAGGAAACACUGUCUAUGGUAGGAUUUCCUAAAAUAUUUGUGGACAGGUAAAUGCUAUAAUCUGUAGUUAUUCUCCUUCAUUUCUUGAAAUUUGGGAGGUUAAUACUAAGUAUUCCUUUCAUGCUGACUAGUGAAGUGGCUCAGUUGCUUAGGCUUAUUUACUUGCUAUUCUACUGUAUAUGAAGUCUUAAUAUAUAUUACAAGAUUAUCAAUAACAGUGUGGUUUUUAGAUAGUGGUGUUGUGGAGGUAUGCAAUUAAAUUUAGGAUUACUGUCUUGAAAACACUAAUUAUUGAAGGAGUAGAUUUCCUUCUGUCUUCACCUACACCAGUCAAAAAAUAUAUUAGACCAGAUUUAUAAUACAAAGAAUAAUUCCAGCUUAAGAAUUAACACCUAGAAGAAAUUGGUGUUGAUCAUCCAUAUUUUCAACCUGUAGUUAUUAUCAGUAGCAUGUCACAGAUUUAUCUUAACCUAUAAUAUCAAAAGUGCAUAUUCGGCUUACCAUUGAAGACUCCUGACCCAGCUUGUUUCUUCUGCCUUCUAAGAAGACUCAUGAAAAACAGUCUCACAUUAUUUCCAUUGUUUCAUGAGCUACAAAACUCAGAACUUUCCUUUUAAUUCAUUGAACAGCAGUGUGGAGAGUUCACAUGAUCACUUUCCCCAGCCCCUACAUCAAAGCAUAAGGUCUAAGUACUAACUAACUGUUGUCAUUCUACAAUUUCUUUUAUCAACUUAGUCUGGUUGAGACUGUUUCUCCAUUUGAAAUUAAUGUAAACAACAACUUUAUUUUGUUGUGUUUACAACACAUAAUUAUAGUCUAUUCUUGCCAUUUUUGUAAAGUUUCUAAAAUGCUAAUUUUUUGAAAAAUAAUGUCACUAUUUCAUAGUGGCAAUAAUAUUUACCAUAAUUUUCCAAAGAUACAUAUCCUGAAGUUACCAAAAAGGAAAUAUAAUUAACCAUUACUUGGGGUAAAAAGCCCGUGUUAAAUUUUUUUUUUCUUUGUCUUUACUAGAGGUCAGUUACUGGUAAAUACAUUUAUUGCAAGCAUCUUCAGACACAAAAAUAGGUUCUCUAGGCUAUUCACAUUAAAAUUAAAAUAUGCACAUUAAAAUUAAAAAGUUAGGGAUUACAACAACGCAUAUAAUAAUACAAACGGUCCCGUUCUGCCCGAUCUGUGAUGUUUACAGAAUUGCUGUCCAUGCAAUGUGAUCAAAGGUAUUAUCUAUGAAGCCUUAAGAUCCAGAAGUAUUGUUACUACCAAACCUCUGAUUAACACUGUGAAGUAAGUGUUUUGGAAGGCAGUUCCAUGAAUUGGCUAACAUUUCUUUAAAGCAAAUGACCGCUUCUAAACUUAGCCUGAAAGUGGACAAGGAAAGAGAAAAAAUUUCAUUUUAAAUUUGGAAGUACAUUCAUUUGAAGAACUCUUAAAACAAAACAAACUCUCUUUCCUAAAAAAUUUUUAUAGGAACUGGCUAAUUAUAUCAUUAAAGACUCAUUAUUGCUCUUAAAUAAUCCAUACACCUGGGUUUUCAGUAGUGCUCAUUUAAAAUGUUAAGACAUGCCAUUUCAAGUAGUCUAAACACCAAGUAAAAAGUUACUCACCGUACAAGAGAUUUUGGUUGAACUGAAAAUAUCAGUAUUUCAUUGCUGUGUGCCUGAAUAACAGAUUUGAAAAACACAUUAAAAAGCAAGUGCUUUCCAAAUAAGCUUGAAUAACAGACAACAUUACAAAGUGUCCUUUAACAUAGGCACUAUACUUACAGCUCUGUGAUGGACAAGUAGGUUGUUGGCACAUCCACCGAAAACAAUUACUUCUCCUUCAUCACUGGCACAAGCUGUAUGCCAUAACCUACAUUUAAAACAAAAACUACAGUUUGAAAAGUCAUCCAAAACACCAAAUUGACAGUUUACAAUAUAGAAUAAAGGUGAUGAAAUAAGACUAGAGACCUUUCUCAAGGUAGUUCAGAUCAAAACAUAAUGGUAAAAAGUAAAAUCUUCAAGCCAAGUAACUAAAGCUAAAAAAAUGAAUGUGUAUUUUAUUUGGAUGUUAUUUUAUCUUUCUGGUCUAAUCCUUAUUUAUGCAGUGAGGGGUUUGAACUGAAUGGUCUGUUUUUUAGGUGUUCCUUAUGGAGAGGAAUCACAUAAGCUAUCUUCCUCUCUGUCCCCUUCCCAUAGGCAGGCCAACUGGCCUUAAACAAAACAUCUGAGGGAGGCUGAAAGCCCUGCUUAACUAAAGCUAUGAAAGUAUCUGAAAAUUCUAUGGAAAGAAUAGUUGUGUCAGAUGAAGACUUAAUGGCAUGAUUGUACUUAGGUUACUUAAGGUUUGGAAAAAAUGCACGAUGACAUACCUAAUGUGAUUUGAACACCAAUUUUGACUAUGUCACCUUCUUUGGCAGACUUUAUAACAAAUCUGUUUCAUUAUAAUUAAAAAGAAAAAUAAUUAUCAAUUAGGAUGAAAUAUUUCUUAAUAGGCUCUUUUGGGGUGAUUUGAAUUCUUAAUUUUUUUCUAAGAAAGCAUUAUUGCAAAUCUAAUAGAAGUUCUUGGUUUGUUUUUUCCAUGUACAUUCUUCAUGGUUUUGAAAUCCUUCCUUCUCCAGUUCCAUUUUUUGUUCCUAAUGACAAACCUAGAUGAAGUUUAACUUAAUUGGGAAAAGAGCUUGAUUAUAAAUUGUAACUGUAUCAAUAAUUUUAUGGAGAAGGAAGAAGCAAAAAUCAAAUCUUCAGUCCUAUCUAUCCAUACACAGAUAAUGGAAAGGAAAGCAUGUGAUACUAAGAUAACACUGGUUUUCUUUUCUUUGAAAUGUAUGAUCUCGACCCUUAGUGAAUGCUAGAAUUUUAUAGAAGAAUGGAUGUAAGGGGAUUUUAUAAGAACAGUGGACUUAAUGCAGUCAAACAUCCAAAUUUUUACCAGUCUUGCAGUUCUAAGGACCUCAUUAAAUUCACAAUAAGAAUUACCUUUUAAAUAGUUCAUACCUUGGUUUUUCAGUAUAGGGAUGAUUAAACUUGAUCCAUUCAUUUUUACUGAUGCAGUAAGUCCAGGCAUCACCUGAUUGAAGCAAAGGAAAAAAAGAGCUAUGAAGUAUGUUAUUCUGUCAAGGUGAUGUUGGCAUUUAAAGAGCACUGCUUUAGCAAGGAAGGUAAUAAAUCACAUUGUGAGUAACUACAGGAAGUAUAUUUCCUUUUUUUUCCCUCUAUAAUUAACUAAGCCCUCUGCAUGUUACAGCCUCUCAGGGGUGCUUUUAAGUGUGCUGGGUCAUUUCUUUACUGGACAGAAUGAAUGUAUGUCAUUUCAUAGGAUCAAAGCUAAUAGCAAACCUUCCUACUAACUCUAACCCUCUGAUACAUCUACAAUAGAUUUUUUUCAGCUGUAUAAUAUUAUGAUUUUAUUAUCAUAUUUUAAAAGGACUUACUUAGUGGCUGUUUAUCAGUGGUAAAUCCUCCAAAGAGAAAAAGAUGAUCUGAAGAAACUGGUGUUAGCGAGUGCCAAGAACGGCCAACUGGGCAUAUGCCUUGUGGAAUUCUGAAAAUAAUAGUUGUUACAAUAUUUACAUUUAAAAGCAACUACUGUAUUCGAUGCAGAGAAACACUGGUCUAAGAAAUUUUCUUUUAAAAUUUAUAUGGAAUUGUUAUGACAAAACACCCUUUAGGUCUUUAAAAAGGCUUCUUGGUAUUAACAACUACAGUGCUUUGUACUGAAUUAUUUUCUUUGAAAGCAGAGUCAACUUGAGAUCUUUUCAGUAAACAUUGAACAUGUUCUCUGUGCCAGGCACAUACUUAUGGGAACUGGAAAUACAAAAAUAAAGAUAAAAUUUCUUCCUUACUGAUCUAGUGAUCAUAUUUAAAUUACCUUAAGAAAAUGUAAGUCCUAAUCAUAGAAAUAGGUAAAAAUCUGAGUUUUCUUUUUAAAAGUGUUUCUAAAAUAAAUCUAAAGCAAUACCUACAAUUCAUUCCAUUCCCACGUAUCCAGAUUAAGAUGGUGAAGGUCAUUCAUUCGAGCAUCCUAAAAAAAAGGAUAAAUAAUUUUUUCCCCCUUUUUGGUAUGUCACCACCCUUACCUGUGGGAUUUUGUAUGUAUGUGUGGGAACCAGAAAAGUUCCCAUUUUUACCAUUUUUAAAUGUACACAUCAGUGGUAUUUAUUACAUUUACAGUACUGUGCUACCUCCAUUACCAAGACUUUUUCAUGAUCCCAAACAGAAACUCUAUACUUAUUAAGCAAUAACUCCCCUUUAUCCACCUCAGCCCCACCCCUA